GCAAAAAGGUGGUGAUCGUGAAAAAUGUGGAUGAAGGUACCAAGGAACGCCCGUACGCUCAUGCCGUCGUUGCUGGGAUCGAAAGAUAUCCACUAAAGGUUACCAAAAGAAUGGGACAAAAACGUAUCGCUAAAAGGUCAAGAAUCAAGCCUUUCAUUAAGGUCAUAAAUUAUAAACACCUAAUGCCUACACGUUAUGCCUUCGAAUUGGAAGAUAUUAAACAAAUCGUUAACCAAGACUGUUUUAAAGAACCUUCUCAACGAGUUGCAGCCAAGAAAGCAGUAAAGAAGGCUUUACAGGAUAGAUAUAAAGCAGGAAAGAAUACAUGGUUCUUUGCUAAACUUAGAUUCUAA